GGACAAACGUCAGAAGUGGAUGGGCUAACCUAACAAUAAGUUGUUAAACAUUAACGAUAAGAUAAACAAUUCAGAAGUUUGACUAAAUAAUUGAUCAAUGUGAUUUCUUACCAAUAGUUAGAAGACCAUCAGUGAAAGAAAUAUUGUUAUCCAGGAAUGACUCCAAUAAGUUAACUUCCCAACAUGUCAACAACAACCGAUAACUUCACCCAUUCGACACCGUGGCGCUGGGAUUGGGAUUCUCUGUGUGGCGCGGGAGGUUUGAAUAUAUGGACUCCUGAUUCUCAAGACUUGGGUCUUUGCUUCCAACAGUUAUGUCUUCAUAUUCCUGUACUUGCUUGUUUAGCUUUCAUAUCAGCAUAUUUUUUCGGGAAGAAUGAAAAACCAGUUAUUCGAGGGGCAGUACAAAUUUUGGCCAUUAAUUUUCGAUGUUUUAUUGUUCUUAUAAUGUCAUCAUUACCACUUCUUCAAAUCUAUAUAGAUUUAUAUAAAAGUGAGGAUAGAAUUCUGAAAAUUUCCUAUUUUUUAUGUGCAGUUCAAGGAAUAUCAUGGAUAACGCAUUUCUUUUUUUGUUUAUCCUUGAGGAGAUAUUUUGGAAAAAGUCCUAGGGGUCCAGUUUUGAUUAGAGUAAUUUGGACAAGUAUUUUCGUUUUGACCGUGAUCUCCCUUAGAAGUCAUUAUUUGAGAUACAGUCAUGCAACUGAGCCUGAUUUCAGUGUAUACUUGUCCUACACAUUCAGUGUGAUCAAUUUUUUGCUUCAAAUAAUGUAUGCCCUUAGCUUACUUCCUGGUAAGGGAAAUACUGUGCCAUUAAUGUACGAAGAACGGAGAAGAACAGCAGAGCCUGAUGAGAGUUCUUUGCUCAUAAGUCAUUCCUAUGUGAGUUUGGUGAAUGACAAUGGUGAUUAUAGUUAUCUGGGAAUAGCUAUGGAAAAUGAGAGCUGGUUAUCGAAGCUCCUUUUCUCUUGGGCCAAUCCGUUGAUGGAGAAGGGAGAUAAUGAAAUGCUGCAGGAAUCCGAGGAUUUGUUCGAUCUCCCUUGCGAUAUGCAUUGCAGUUAUAUCAGCAAUAAGAUGGAGAAACAUAUGACUUCAGGAAACGAAACAACACCCUCUACUGAAACCGUAUCAGGUCAAAACCCUCCAGAAGUAAUCUUUACCAAACGUAACAACUUGAGCCUGUUGAAAGCAUUGCACAAAUGCUUCUGGAAAGAGUUUUACGGAGUUGGAAUCCUCAAGUUCAUAUCCGACUGUUCUGGAUUUGCUGGACCGUUGUUGCUGAAUAGGUUGGUCACUUUUAUCGAGGAUAAAAACGAGCCGAUCCAUUUGGGUUAUUUGUACGCCGCUGGUCUUGCCUCUACUACCUUGUUAGGAGCGUUGUGUGAUUCACAUUUCCAAUUUAGGAUGAGCAUCGUGGGACUCAAAAUGAGAACUGCUCUAGUGACAACGAUUUAUAGAAAAAUCUUGUCCGUCAAUGGAUCCGUCCUGAAUUCUUCUUUUUCCGUUGGACAAAUUGUUAACUUCAUGUCGACCGACACCGAUAGGAUCGUAAACUCUUGUCCUAGUUUUCACGCUAUUUGGAGCAUUCCAUUUCAGCUGGGCGUCACCCUGUACCUCCUCUACACCCAGGUCGGCUUGGCCUUCUUGGCCGGCGUCGUAUUCAGCGUGGCUUUGAUCCCCAUCAACAAGUUGAUCGCAAAUAAAAUCGGUCAGCUCAGCACGAAAUUGAUGGCGGAAAAGGACACGCGGGUCAGGGUAAUCACCGAAGUUCUGCGGGGCAUUAAGGCCGUCAAGCUCUACGUCUGGGAGCAACAUUUCAUCAGGAGCAUAACAAAUUUGCGAAAAAAAGAAUUGAAAUAUCUGAAGGGUAGGAAAUAUUUGGACGCUUUAUGCGUAUACUUUUGGGCAACAACACCAGUGCUUAUUUCUAUCCUUACAUUUGGAACCUACGUCCUCAUGGGAAAGCAGCUUACCGCUGCCACAGUUUUCACCAGUAUUGCAUUAUUGAAUAUGCUCAUCAGUCCUCUCAACGCAUUUCCAUGGGUCCUGAAUGGAUUAACAGAGGCUUGGGUUUCCCUAAAGAGAAUGCAAGAGCUUCUGAAUUUACACGAAUUGAAACUGGAAAAAUAUUACGACGACAAAUUGAUGGAAGAAAACGGACAUUGCGAUGUAGUACUAAAAAGUGGAUCCUUCAGUUGGGGCAAGUCCCUAACAGCCGAAGAAGUGAAACAGUUGCAUUCAGAAGUCGAGCAGAAGCCAGUUAAAGGAAAAGGAAGGGGCAAAGGAAGAUUAUCUGAGUCCUUGGAAGAAUCUUCUUCAAGAGGAGAACAACGGGUUUUCGAAUUGAAUAAUAUAAAUAUAAAGAUAAAGAAGGGGGAAUUCAUUGGGAUUAUGGGGACUGUAGGCUGUGGUAAGUCUUCUCUGCUGUCUGCAAUUCUGGGAGAACUUCACAUGACUGAAGGUGACAUCGCUAUAAGUCAAGUUGAUGGAGGUUUCGGCUUCGUUUCUCAGCAGCCCUGGUUGCAGCGAGGGUCGAUAAGAGACAACAUACUGUUUGGAAAAACAUACGACGAACAGAGGUAUAAAUCUGUGCUUUUCGCCUGCGGAUUGGCUGAAGAUAUUUAUUCGCUGCCUGCUGGAGACCUGACAGGCAUAGGAGACGGAGGAACGACUCUCUCCGGAGGCCAGAGAGCCAGGAUCGCUCUAGCCAGAGCGGUGUAUCAAGACAAAUCGGUUUAUCUCUUGGACGACGUUCUGUCAGCAGUCGACAUGAAAGUGGCCAGACACAUCUUCCAGCAAUGCAUCAUGAAGAUGCUGAAGGAUAAGACUCGCAUCCUGUGCACCCAUUUAGUCGACUAUCUGGUCUACGCUGACAGGAUUAUCCUUAUGGAGAACGGAGCGGUCAAGUUACAGGGAAGGUCAAUGGACGUCCUCAAAAACUUCGACCGAAACCUCUCCCUGGACCUGGAACUGGGCGAAGACACGUAUUCGAACUCGACCCUCGAAAACUCUCUCCUUUCAAGCAUCCGAAUGGACUCCAAACAAGAGGACUCCGACAGCCUCCUUCUCGACGAAAGAAGCCAAAGAGGAAGCAUCCAAUUCGGAGUGUUGCGAUCUUAUCUGAACGCCGUCGGUUGGUUUUUAGUCAUUACGAUCUUGCUGUCCGUCUUUCUGAUGCAGGCGUCGAGAAAUAUGACGGAUCUAUGGCUAUCGCGCUGGGUCACGUCCACCAAUACUGGGAACAGCACGAACAGAUCCACGAAGACCCUCUUUACGUAUCAGGUUUAUCUCACGGAAGAGCCGAAAUUUGCAACCGUCGAUUUUUAUCUCAAGAUAUACGUGCUCUUGGGCGUUCUCAACAGCGUUUUCACGUUGGUGAGGGCUUUCCUGUUCGCGUAUGGUGGAAUUGUGGCUGCGAGGAGAAUUCAUAAAUUGCUACUGAGAUCCGUUAUGAAGGCUCAAUCAACAUUUUUCGACAUCUCCCCCGUUGGCAGAAUUCUGAACAGAUUCUCAAGCGAUACCUACACUAUUGAUGACUCUUUACCAUUCAUCAUGAAUAUUCUUCUGGCUCAGUUCUUUGGACUGAUGGGUACCGUGAUAAUUACCGUUUAUGGUCUGCCAUGGAUCUGUUUGAUUCUAUUCCCGCUAGUGCCUGUGUACCAUUGGUUACAGUACACUUACAGGAGGACUUCCAGGGAAUUGAAGAGAAUAUCUAGUACGACGAUGUCCCCUCUGUAUAGUCACUUCAAUGAAACACUGCAAGGGUUGUCCACCAUCAGGGCGAUGCGAGCCAACAGGAGAUUCAAGAAGGCGAACGAAGAAAACGUAGAAGAAAAUAUCAAAGCCCAAUUUUCUAGUCAGGUGGCAGCUAGAUGGUUGGGACUGAGACUCCAAUUUAUUGGGGUGGCCAUGGUGACUGGAGUAAGCUUCAUCGCCGUCAUCCAGCAUUAUUACGAUGUAGCUGAUCCGGGGUUAAUUGGAUUGGCGGUGUCGUACGCACUUUCUGUGACAGGCUCCCUUGGCGGGGUGAUCAGCGCCUUUACGGAAACGGAAAGGGAGAUGAUAGCGGUGGAGCGUGUUAAUCAAUAUGUCACUCAAGUACCCCCCGAGACGACUUACUUCUCGUGUGAACCGCCCUUCGGCUGGCCCAACCAAGGGGUCGUCCACUUCGAAAAUGUGGUUCUGAAAUAUAGGGAGAAUCUUCCACCCUCCUUGGCCGGCGUGAGCUUCGAGACCAGACCCUCCGAGAAGAUCGGGGUGGUUGGCAGGACUGGAGCCGGCAAAAGCUCCCUGAUUACAGGGCUGUUCCGGAUGGUGGAGGUGCACUCGGGCUGCAUCUACAUCGACACGGUCAGGGUGAAGGAUGUGGCGCUGUCGUCGUUGAGGUCAAGACUCUUCUGCAUCCCCCAGGAACCAUUCCUCUUCAGUGGGACGCUCCGUGACAAUUUAGACCCUCUGGGAGAGUUUCGGGACAAUGAAAUUUGGUCGGCGUUGGCCAAGGUUAACUUAGUUGACACAAUUAAAACCCUAGGAGGACUGGAAAAUGACGUAGGAUGUGGCGGAAUGAAUUUUUCAGUAGGACAGAAGCAGUUGGUGUGCUUGGCCAGGGCUGUUCUUCACAAUGCUAAGAUACUCUGCAUCGACGAAGCAACAGCCAACGUGGAUCAAGAAACUGACAGAUUAAUUCAACUAACUCUGCGUUCGGCCUUCAGACACAGCACCGUAUUCACGAUAGCUCAUAGGGUUGAAACUAUUUUGGACUGCGACAGGGUUUUAGUCAUGGGGGAUGGAAAGAUAUUAGAGUUCGAUACUCCAGACAGUUUAUUAGCCGAUACUAAUUCCCAUUUUUACCAGAUGGUCAACCAUGAGUAAUAUCCCUCCACUUCCAGCAUAUUACUUUCAGCAGUGAACAGCAGUUGGGUGUUGAGGCGAUAAUGUUAUGUUGUAUUAGACAAUUUCGUGUUGAAAUCAAAUGAGAGGAUGGACUUUUUUUUCGGCAUAAUCUGCAUGACAAUACUAGGAUAUCCAGACCUUUAAAUAGUUCAUAUAGGUGAAGAAUAAAAGCUUUAAAAUUGUGGUUCGAUAUUAUGAAGUUACUGUAAGUGAAGUAGUUAAUUAAAUCUAUUUUCAUUGGAGGAUGAAAAAAAGUACGAUUUCAUUUUCAUCUCAGUGUUCUAAUGAAGGCACUUUGAAAUAAAGAAAUAUUGAAAAUUA